AUGUCCCAAACACCUAUGAUAUCGAUUCCUCGGAAGACCACGGAAGAGGUCGACUGGACGACUCCGAUCCGAAACCUAAUAGCCCAGUCUUACGGCGAGAAUCCAGACAGCUACGCUGCAGAGUGCGCCUCCCUCCAACGUUGCCGCCAGGAUGCCGUUCGCGGGGCUGGUAGUGACUUGACAGCCAAAGAUCUACUUUACAAGUACUUCGGUCAGCUCGAGCUUCUGGAACUACGUUUCUCCGAGAUCCGCGUCAGCUUUCCCUGGCACGACGCGUUCACUCUCAAGCUCACCACGCAGACAUCGAUCGCAUACGAGAAGGCCUCGAUCCUUUUUCAAAUCGCCUCAACACACUCCUCUAUUGCUAUUUCCCAGAACCGGUCCUCCCCUGAAGGUCUUAAGCGCGCAUUCUACUACUUCCGUACUUGCGCGGGAAUGCUGACGUACAUCACGGAGAACUUCCUUCACGCGCCAUCGAAGGAUCUGAGCAAGGAGGUCGUCAAGUUUCUCGUGAGCCUCAUUAUCGCGCAGGCGACUGAGGUGUUCUGGGAGAAAUGUGUAGAAGAGAAGAAAGGGAGUGGGCUCAUAUCGAAGAUCGCGUCUCAAGCUGCAAACAUGUACAAUGUGCUCUGCGAAGAAGUGAAGGAGUUUUCAGGGCAGAAUAUCUUGGAUAGGAAUUGGGUCACCCUGAUACAGAUCAAGUCCAAAUACAUGACGUCCGAAGCACAGUACCACCGUUCUCUGGCAGACACGGACGCUGGCUUAUAUGGAGAUGCGCUUGCGCGCCUUACUCUCGCCGAAACGCAUGCCAAGGAGGCUUAUCGCUUAUGCUCGUCAUUCAACCCGAUUCCAGCCAGUUCUACCACACCCAACUCGAGCACUUUCCCAUCAGACGCCGGCUCGAGUAUGCUCGCUCUGGCAAAAGCUCAUCUGGCGGUUGUCUCUGACCGACGUGCAACUGCAUACCGAGAGAACGACCUCAUUUACAACGCAGUGGUACCCUCGCUGGACAGCCUUCCAUCUAUAGAGACCAAAGCGAUGAUGACAAUCGCAACUCCGAUUCCGAUCCAAGAAGUUUAUGGCAAUCCUGAUGUCCAGAAGACCAUCGGUCAGGAUUUCUUCUCUCGGCUUGUCCCUCUCAGCGUGCACGAAAGUGCAUCCGUCUAUUCAGAGGAGAAGGCGAAACUCGUGCGGGCCGAAACCGAGCGAUGCGAAACAGCUAACGUUGAAGCGCGCAGCUUCGUUGACGGCUUGGGUGUGGUUACCGGGCUGGAACGGUUUCGUGCGAUGCUUCGUGAGUCUGGGUCUGGUGGGCCGCCGGCCGAGAUCUCGCGCUGGGCAACGGAUCUCGCCUCUCUGGAGGCUCGAGAAAGUGUGCCGUCGUUGUUCGCCCAGUUGGAGAAGCUGAAGCAAGCUCUGCAACAUGAAUUAGAUCCGGCAGGGGGGAUUUCACUCGAGCUCGAUUCGGAGAGCCGUGAAUGCGAGAUGAUGCGCGUUCGGUUCGAGCAUCGAUGGACGCAAGCGCCGAGCGCCGGUCUCACUAAAUCCUUGCGCCAGGAUUUGAAGGCCCAUCUAGCUGCGAUGGAUGAGGCUGCCAAGAGCGAUGCCCAAGUCCAAGCUAUCUGGCAGGCUAUCCAAUCGGAUAUUGCUCUGCUGGUGUCCGGUCGCUUCGAAGCUGUGUUCGCUGAACCGCUUACGGAACAGAUGAGCUUGCUGGAUCUUGGGGAAGAGGCGGACAGACAGGAGCGGCAGGACAAGGACAAGCUCGCUAGUCUCAUCCAGGACGCCGAGGAACAUCUGUCCACACUCAAGAAGAUCGAGAGAGAGAGAACAGAAGUUUUGAAAGAUCUGAAAGAUAAGAUUCAGGCGGAUGAUGUGUCCCAUCUCCUCCUUCUCAAUCGCAGAAACACUGGUGUCGAGCCCUCGUUGUUUGCUGCCGAACUGGAGAAGUUCCGACCGUAUCAGCAGCGGCUUGCUGCGACUAUUCACCAUCAAGAUGCAAUGCUCCAAGAACUGGAUCGUUCUUGGAGGUUAUUAAAUGACUCCAUUUUGACCACUGGUCCCUUCCGCAAAUGGGAAAACCGGGAAAGGAGAAAGACAGAACUUCUUCAACGGUUUGGCAGUGCAAAAGACCGUUAUAAUGAAGUGCGCGACGGGCUAGGGAAAGGUCUUCAGUUCUAUUCAGAGUUGACAGAACUCACGGCCAAGCUUCGACGCAACGUGAAAGCAUUUGUAUCAGGGCGAAAUGAAGAGCGGCAACAGCUAGUGAGUCAGCUAGCCCCUAAACAGUCAUCCUAUGUGUCAUGGCAAUCGCCGCCUCCACCUCCCCCAUUGCUACCCACAACAUACGUGCCACCACCAUUGCCACCACCACCUGCCUCAACUUUCUAUUCUUCUCUUCCUCCUCCCCCACCACCCCAUGACCCUUAUGCAAAUAUUGCAACACUUUCCAACACAAAUGAGAAAUACAAUACUCCUCUACCACCACCUGCCCCACCCUCUCAGCCUGGCUAUAGCCAGUACCACAGAUACUAGAUCCUCUCAGUGUUUACUUGUGAACCAAGAUUAGCAAAUGAUUUUAGGCUUGCUUAUCAAUGAGUCCACUAAACACCUUGGUUGAAGGUUGCUGGAUGAACUUGGCCUGUU